AUGUUUGCGCCGCUUCAGAGUCCACAGUUCCCCAGCAACACACGUGCAGUGUGCAUCGGGAGCGGCCGUUUGCUCCGCGCUGUGCUUGUUCCUGUUUUUCGCGCGCUCGGGUCGGGUGUAGUCGUCGCGCAGACGCGGGGCACAGGUUUCGCAACCACUUGCGCCGUUGCUGCGGGAAAGUACGAAGUGGAUACGAUCGACUCCAAUGGGAGCGUGAGCACGACCACUUGUCAACUGGAGGCAGUUGGGUCGUUGGGCGUUCCGGAAGGGCGCGCGGCGUUUCUAGAGCUCCCGUCAAAGCUGUCCGAGCUCCAAUACAUUGGUUUCGGUGUCACGGAAGCAGGACUGCGGUCGAAGACGCAGGUCAUUAUCGAUCUAGCCGAGUUCCUGCAACGCGCCUUUGAGGCUAUUCCUGGCAACGUGCUGUCUGUGAUCAACACGGACAACUUCCCGAGAAAUGGUGACCACAUCAAGAAGCUCGUGCUCGAGCUGGAAUGGGUCAAAGGCGAUGAGGCCGUUGCGUUUCGAACGUACUUGGAUGCCAAGGUGCACUUCCACAACACCAUGGUCGAUUGCAUUACCAACCACCGCGUUGGCGACCCGUUGGUGCCUCUGGCGGAGCCGCUGCCAGCGAAGGCCAUUGUGAUUGAAGAUUUGAAGGGAGUGUUGAACGCUGACUGUCUCCGCAAGGUGCCUGGUGUCCACGUACGCACUGGUGAGCUAGACAUUGCCAAAGACUAUUUGCUCAAGUUCUCGCUCGGCAACGCUGUAAAUUCUGCAAUGGUGUAUCUCCUCGCGCUUUCACGUCAACGGACUGCAAACCAGUUUCAGAAAUUUCCAGUCAUCAGCGCCUAUUUGGACGCGCUAUUCGAGAUGGAUAUUCUGCCAGCAGUGAUCGCUGGCGAUGUACCGGAAGAAGAAGCUCGUGCGUUCUACACUGAGUGGCUCGAACGCAUGAAGCACCCGCACUUCGGACUGGACACUUUCUGGGUCUCCCAGAACGCGUUUCUCCGCAUUUACGUGCGUCUCCUCAAUUCGGUGAACAGGAACGUUGCCAACGACGCAAACUACCGCCCAAGCGUAUUCAUGGCGUUUGCCACGGCUGUCGCGCUGCGCUUCCUAACGCCAUCCCAGGCCGAGUCCAAGCGCGAUGAGCCAUUCAUAUUCGUCGGCCAGAUGGACUCGAUCCAGAGCAUUGCACCGAUCUUCUCGAUUACUGAGAAAACUUGGACAUACGACGCAGGUCUCACUGCCAACCUCUGCACCGGCAAAUAUGAGUUCGACGAUGGCGAGGACGGACGGGUGUCUCGACUUCUGUGGCGAGCUAGUCAGCACGUGCUCGCAGCCAGCAAAAGCAGCAGCCGCGACUUUUGCAAGUCUGGACGUGCAGAGUCUUCCCCCGAGGUUUCCAGCGGUGUCGGCGUGGCUGUUGCCAGUGUCCUCAGCUCCGUCAAAGGCUUCGAUCUCACAAACGACGCAUACGCUUCCUUUGCUACCGACGUAGCCGCUCUGUACCAGCGUCUCGUAUGCGGAAAGCAAACUGCUCUCGAAACCCUCGGAGACGUGCUUCGCAACCACCACCCGAGUGAAUACCUCACUACUAAGGAUGACGUUGUGGCAUUUGUGCGUGAGGCCGUUGCCAGCGUCCAGAUCAUUGACAUGCACACGCACUUGUUCCCUCCGAGCCACGGCAAGCUCAUGCUUUGGGGCAUCAAUGAGCUGUUGACGUACCACUACCUCGUGGCCGAGUUUUUGCAAACGGCACUCAUGCAAGCGGAAGAGUUCAAUUCGUGCACAAAGGAGCAGCAGGCCGGUCUCGUCUGGCAGCACCUGUUCGUGGAUCGCUCUCCUGUGUCGGAGGCUUGCCGUGGAGUACUGACGACGCUGCACUUGUUGGGUCUGGACCACCUUGUGGCGAGACGCGACCUGUCUGCUAUCCAGAAAUGGUUCAAGCAGCGGGAUGCCGAAGAGUACGUGGACACGGUGUUCCGCCUAGCUGGUCUCAAGUACGCAGUGAUGACUAACGUCCUGUUUGAACCGGAGGAGGCACGACACUGGCUGGGUGAUCCAGCCACAACCACGUCGCCGCCUGCAUGGUCGCGCAAGUACUUCCGUUCGGCUCUGCGGGUAGACCAAGUCCUGCUUGGCGAUUGGGCGUCCAUCAGCCCGACGCUGGACGUGUUCAAGCUACCACAUACGCUCGUGGGUGUGCGUUUGCUUCUGAAGAAGUGGAUCGACAUUAUAAAGCCCGAGUACUUCAUGGCUAGCGUACCCAUUCCCUUCGAGUACCCGGAGGAGAAUGCGUCUGCUUCUGCUGGUACAAAUGAGCUACCAAAUGGUGCGGAAUUGCUACUGCAAGUGCUGCUGCCGCUUGCUGAAGAGAAGAAGCUGCCGAUCGCGCUAAAGUUUGACAGCGUGCGUCCGAUCAAUGCUCGUUAUGGUGUGGCCGGCGACGGAGUGAAGCCGAGCAACGUGGACGUUUUGAUCAAGUUGUGCCGUAACUUCCCCAAGGUGAAGUUCCUGGCCACAUUCCUCUCGCGCGUGAACCAGCACGAAGUGACCGUGGCGGCCAACAAGUUCCGGAACCUGCAUCUGUAUGGCUGCUGGUGGUACUGCAACAACCCGUCGAUCAUUGAAGAGCUCACGCGGAUGCGUAUCGAGAUCCUGGGCACGGCGUUCACGAGCCAGCACUCGGACGCGCGUGUACUGGACCAGCUCAUUUACAAGUGGAGCCACUCGCGCGAUGUGAUCGGCAAAGUGCUCGUGGACAUGUACGAGAGGCUCUUUGCCACGGGCUGGAAGAUGUCCAAGCGCGACAUCCAGCGCGACGUGCAGAGGUUGUUUGGCCAGAGCUACGAGGAGUUCAUGGCAAAGAGCAUGUGA